GUAUCAAAACGACAAUGUUCAUGAAGGCCAGUCUCAAUACGCAGCGUUGAACGUGGUCCCGCAAGCCACGAGCAUUCUUUUCACGCGGCUUGAAAAUUAUUCUCUUCGUCAAGGGUUUUCUUUGGAGUGCAUGGAUUUUCAGAAGAAGCGGAUUCAGAUUCUGCUCUUAAUCGCCGGUAUCAUCGCUCUCAGCAUCGCAGCUGAAAAAUGUCGGCAGCUGGUUGGGGAAGAAGCGUCAUCUCAGAGUGGAAAGUUUACAUUCUUGAACUGUUUUGACAUGGGCUCUGGAUCUGCUGCUUGUGCUGUGAAGGAGGGUGUGAAGCUGUACUUCUACAACAUCAGAGCUGCUCAUGUUGAAAAGGCGAGGCAUUCUGCAAUUGAGGCUGCUUUAGUUGAUGCAUUGUCACAGGGAAUGUCUGCUAAAGAUGCUGCCAAACAAGCACAGAAAGAAGGUGCAAAGGCGGCAAAGUUGGUGACCCGGCAAUCCAAACGCAUAAUAGGCCCCAUUAUCUCUUCUGGAUGGGACUUUUUUGAGGCAAUAUAUUAUGGUGGUACCUUGACAGAAGGGUUCCUCAGAGGCACUGGAACAUUGUUUGGCACCUAUGCCGGUGGUUUCCUAGGAGAGCAAAGACUAGGGAAGGUUGGCUAUCUUGUGGGAAGUGAAUUGGGCAGUUGGGUUGGAGGUAGGAUAGGAAUUAUGGUUUAUGAUGUGGUUAAUGGAGUGCAUUACUUACUUCAAUUUGUUCAAACUGAAGAAAAUGUAGUUCGUGAAAUGCCAGCUUACGAAAAUUCUGAAGCUAUUGAAACUCCUGCUUAUGAGGCUCCAUCGUACAUGAGUACUGAAGAGUCUGAAAAUUCCAAUGCUUAUGAAACUCCUGCUUAUGAGAGCUCUGAAGCAUAUGAAGAUUCGGAACUGUAGGAUCAUUUACCAUUAUUUUCUUCAAAGUCUAUUGCCUAUAGUUUCAUUAUAAUCUGUACUUUUUGUGACUUGUUUAAAAUCUGUGCAUAAACCCGAUGUGUAGUCUUGCCCUACAACUGUCUUGUAAUUCUACGGGAAGUCAUUUUUUUGAACAUGCUUAGUUUGCAUCUUGUAAUUAACACUUGGGAGUUGUCUGUCUAAAAGAUGUUUGUUUAUGCAAUAAGCCUCUUGAAAAAUGAUGGAGCUUUGGUAUA